AUUGGUAACACUAGUAACACACCGGUGACAUUAAAUGUCAUUUAAAUCCUUAUGGUUAAUAAUAUUCAAUAAUAAAAUUGUUGCUAUUUAUUGUGAAACAUUUUGGAUUCUAAACUAAAUACGAUCAUAGAAAACCAGCAAAAACAUGGGGGUUCCAAAGUUUUUUAGAUAUGUAAGCGAACGAUAUCCAUGUUUAAGUGAACUUAUAAAGGAUUAUCAGAUUCCUGAAUUUGAUAACUUAUAUUUGGAUAUGAACGGGAUAAUUCACAAUUGUUCACAUCCCAACGAUGAUGACCCACAUUUCCGAAUCACAGAAGAGAAAAUAUUCAAAGACAUCUUUCAUUAUAUUGAAGUUCUAUUCAGAAUGAUCAAGCCCCAAAAGCUUUUUUUCAUGGCUGUUGACGGGGUCGCUCCCAGGGCUAAAAUGAACCAGCAGAGAGGUAGGAGAUUCAGAUCUGCUGCCGAUGCAGCUAAAGCGGAAGCUGAAGCUUUGAAAAAGGGGGAACAGCUACCAAGUGAAGCACGAUUUGAUUCUAAUUGUAUAACCCCUGGGACGGUUUUUAUGGCUAGAUUACAUGAACAGCUUAAAUAUUUUGUGGUUGAUAAGAUUUCGAAUGACCCACUGUGGCAAAAGUGCAAAGUUAUUCUUUCAGGUCAUGAGACUCCUGGAGAAGGAGAACAUAAAAUAAUGGAUUAUAUUCGAUAUAUGAGGGUUCAAUCUGGUUAUGAUCCAAAUACAAGGCAUUGUCUUUAUGGUCUCGAUGCUGAUUUAAUGAUGUUGGGUCUGUGUACUCAUGAACCACAUUUUAGUUUACUUAGGGAAGAGGUGAAAUUUGGUAGAAAAGAUACAAAACGAAUUACUGUCCCAGAAGAGAUAACAUUCUUUUUAUUGCACUUGUCUCUUUUUCGGGAAUACUUAGAGCUAGAAUUCGCACCUGUAAAGUACAAUUUGCGAAAUUUUAAUUACGAUUUGGAAAAAAUAAUCGACGAUUGGGUUUUGAUGGGAUUUUUAAUGGGUAACGAUUUCAUUCCACACUUGCCUAAUUUACAUAUUUCCGAAGGGGCUUUGCCGAUUUUGUACAACACUUACAUGGAAGUGUUGCCUUCUAUGAAUGGCUACAUCAAUGAGGGGGGGAAACUGAAUAUGGAGAGAUUCGAAACGUUUUUGCAAAAGUUAGGAGAGCGAGAUAUGCUCGCUUUUGAGGAAGCAAGGGACGACAUAUUGUACAUGGAUUCGAAGAGAAGUAAACUGCAGAAGGAUGCGAGAUGCUUGGAAGAAUUCGAUAUAGUAGGAAAUAAUGUUAUGUUCGAAUCUCUAGAACCAACCAAAGAUAGUGGAUUAGAAGCGUUACUAAAAUCUACAGAUGAACUAUGUAUAGACGAUGAACUCGACGAAAGUAGUGAUGAAGAUGAAUUCUUAAAUUUCAAAAAAGACUAUUACAAACAAAAACUAGAGUACAAAGAUGUCACUUCAGACGUUUUGAGGGACCAAGCUGAAGGUUACGUGACAGCCAUCCAGUGGAAUUUGAAUUAUUAUUAUAACGGUUGCUGUUCGUGGUCGUGGUUCUAUCCCCACCAUUACGCGCCUUAUAUCUCAGACAUUCAAGGUUUUAAGGAUUUCAAGAUAGAGUUCGAUAUGGGAACACCAUUCCAUCCCUACGAACAACUUCUUGCCGUCCUACCGGCCGCCAGUAAGAAAUUAUUGCCGGAAUGCUAUCAUCCAUUAAUGACUGACGAAAAUUCAAUAAUAAUCGAUUAUUAUCCGGAAAAAUUCGAGUGCGAUCUCAACGGGAAAAAGCAAGCCUGGGAAGCAGUGGUCAAGAUACCGUUCAUCGACGAAAAACUGCUAUUGGAAGCGAUGAGUUACGUCAACGAUAAAUUGACUACUGAAGAAAGGCAGAGAAAUUCGCACGGUCCCAUGUUAGCGUACAUGUACACGGCUAGAAAUAACGGGCCUUACCCUGCACCGUGUUAUUUCUCGGAGGUGCCGAAAAAUCACACGGAAGUCAAGGCGAUGAUGUACACUGACAUUCUGGUGCCCAAAGAGAAGUUGAUAAAAGGUGCUUAUCCGGGAGCCCACAUGGACACUUACUAUCCCGGAUUUCCCACCAUGAAACACUUGAAGUACAAGGGCGAAUUGAAGAUGGCUCACGUGAAGGUGUUCGAGCAGCCCAGUAGGAACGAAAGUAUGAUUCUGAAAGUUAUUCCCGAAGAGAUAUUCUCCGGCGAUAAGAUACCCGUCGAUCUGUUGGGUACUUCGGUGUACAUCGGCUGGCCGCAUCUCGUCGAAGCCAGCGUGGUAUCGAUAUCGAAUUCGAGACGAAAAUUAGUAUGCAUGGGUGGACCGAAUCAAUACAACGCAAACGAUAUGAGAAAUGGUGAUUUGAAGGAGUUUAAUAUGAGCAUAAGUGGAAUUACUGAGUAUUAUAAAACACGAAUGGGCAUCGAUUUCGGCGAAACUAAAGUGUUGGUGCACGUCAAACAGUUGAUAGGAAAGAAAUUUGUGUGCAAUCAACAUGGUAAACUUGUAUUAGAAAAACAGUUUGCUGAGAACACUUCGUGUUUUCCGUUACAGACUAUAGUUUAUAAUAUUACGGUUCACGAUCCUCAAAGUAAUGUAGUAAAAGAGGUGGAAACUAUAUUUCCGAAAAAUAGCAUUUGUUUUACUCUAGCAAAUCCCUUCUAUGGAUCUCAAGGUGUGAUACAAGAUUCCUCUCAAGUGGCUAAAACUGGAAGAAUUAAAAUAACCAUAUCAGUAUUAGAAGAGCCAGAUUUUUCGACGGUCAGAAACAUGUUCGAUAACGUUUUUAAAAAGUACAAACCCGCUCACUCUAUUGCUACUCCUUUAUGUAUGUCGAAUUUAAUUUUUUCAAAAUUAACGGGCGCCAUCCAAGUCAAGGUAGGCGAAGGGAACGAAACCAAGAGAAUAAAUGUCGGCUUGGAUUUGAAACUGAACAAAAAGAACAAGGAAACGCCCGGUUAUACGAAGAAAGUAAAUAAUUGUUGGUUGUAUACGGAGAAAACUGCCGAACUCGUCGAACAGUAUACGGAGAAAUUUCCCGAGGUGUUAGAGUUUUUGAGUAAAAAUCGCGAAGAUGAUAUCGCCGUUGAUAAGUUGUUUCCCGUAGAUAGUGACGAAAGAUUUAAAGAAUUAAGACAGUGGUUGAAAACUCUGCCCACCGAGAAAAUAGAAAAAUCGCCGUGUAACAGUAUCCGUUUAGAAUCGGAAGCUGUAGCCGAAAUGGAAAAAAUCGUUGAUUCGUUUAAGAGCAACGACAAGAAGAUUACGAUGCAAAUCAAACCCAGCUUUCUAUACCGUCCCGAAGUUCAGAACGGCACCCUAGAACCCGAUCCCAAAACCAAAACACAAAUUCUAGAUAGAGUGGUGAACGUCCGACACGGUUUUACGGUACCGUUCGGGUUCAAGGGUACGGUGACCGCCAUCAGAAAUUCAAGCACAAACUUGGAAAGGGAUACCAUGUACGAAGUGGUGUUUGACAAACCGUUCAGAGAUGGCAUGACUUUGAAUUGUUCUGACAACAGGGGCUACAUGUUACCGAAGACCGCUUUUAUAAAUAUCUCGUACGGGAAGAGGUUGAUGGAGGAGAAAAUCGGAAAACCAGACGAACUAAUGGCAAAAGCGGAAUCCUACAACAACCAAUCCAACCCCUUCAACGAUCUAAUCCGACCGCAACCAUCUUUCCAACAACCGUGCUUCCCGCAGCAUGGUCCACCUUUACUCGUACCCCAAACCCACCCGACUUUGAACCCGUCCAAUUCGGCAUUCGCUCACUUCACCUCCAUGAACGCCCAAAGAGGUCAAACGUUCAACAUUGAACAAAAAUCGGUGCAGGAUUUCUUCAACAAUCUCGCCGCCAAUCCUGAAUCGAGUACUAUGGAGAAUAAGAACCCCAUCCAAAUAAAAACGAACGAUAACCAGAAUAAGAACGCAGGUUGGAAAAGAAUGGACGAAGGUUCCGUACAGCAGUUUUUCAACAAUCAGCUGUCUGGGAAUAGACCUGGAGGUAACGUUAAAGACGUGAACAACGCAAAUGUCGGUGCUAAAGUUCCGACUGUCGACAAGGACGACCAGGAGUCGUGGAAUCGUAAAAAUUUCUACGAAAAACCUCGGGAUGACGGGUCAGCUUCGGGGACGACGAAGAAGGUACCUGAGAAUUGGAGAAGCGGUAGCGGUGUGGAUCGAAAUCGACAACAGCAACAACAACAACAACAACAACAGGGUGAUAAUUUGCAGCAGAAUAGAAACAACGGCGUCAACUAUUUUAUGCCAACCUUCAGAGAUGGCGGUAAAAGCGAGACGACCGAUAGAAAAUCAAGGACUGCAACUGUAAAUACAGAUUUUCUAAAAAAUAUACUAGGCAUCGGACAAAGCGAAGGCAAAGAAAAAACUAUUCAAAAUAAACCGCCUUAUACAGCUAAAAAUCCUGUCGCUACAAUACCGACCCUCACAUCACAGGCCAACACGGUUAGAAAUUCUUCCAACGUUUCCUUCGAUAUGCUAGCGCAAGUCGCAAACACUCCCGCCACCGUCCGUUUGUUAACCUACUACCAAUCGAAUUUGCUAGGCCUGCCCAGGUACCAGUAUUUCACGGUCGAAAGAAACAUGGUGUGCGCGCAAAUCACUCUGAACGACGGCAAAAUAAUGAUUGGCCAGCCGGCUAAAAAUCGAGAAGAGGCCAGCGAAAAGGUGGCGGCCAUCGUGCUAGACGAACUACUCAAAAAAGGAAAGUCAGUAAACCAAAUCGUCCACAAACCGAAUGAAGUCAUUCCCACUCCGCCUGUCAAUUGGGUACAAUCGGAAAACAAGGAAAACAAAGAAAUCGCAAAGCAUGAAAAGAAACCCAGUGAAUCAACGACAGCGACAUCUGUGUUAAACAAUUCGUUCGUACCGCUACAAGCCGUCAAAAGCCACAUCAGCAAAUCUAGCGGUACUCAAGGUCAAGGUGUACAAAUCGAUAAUAACGCUAAGCAGAGUGUGAGUUCCGAUAAAAAAUACGAUGUUCAUGAUAAUGCCAAACAGAAUCAAGACCAAAAGAACGCGAACGGCGUAGUGCAAAGGCCGAAAAAAGAGCGAAAGACCAGGAUCGCCGCCAAUUUUCUAAACAAGAAGAACUGAUCGAACAUUUUAUAAAGAGAUUUAUUUUUACAAAAAAAGACAAACUGAUUAGAUAGUAUUUUUUGAUAUAUUAAUCAUUAUUACGGACUACUAGAAUAGCCUAUCAUUUGUUUCGACUAUUUUUUUUUCUUAUUCGUUUAUUAUUCAUAAGCGUGAUAUUUUUUAUCAUUGUUGUUCAGUCGUGUAGAGGAUGAGAAAACCAUGCACAAAAUACUUAUUUAGUCAAAUUUAUUUCGUCGUUAUAACUCCUUUAUUUUUAAGAAUAGAAAAAUUCUAUUUUUUGUUCUAAAUGAAUAUGUGUUUAUGUCGUGAUAUUUAAUUUUUUUUAUACACCUUUUAGUAAAUGUAGGACAACCAUGAACUUCUUUAACUCCUUCACUUCCUUUUCUAUUAUGUCGCCAUCUCAUGGCCCACAUCAAUUUUUUUUAAUACUUUUUUUUACUAUGUAAUUCCACUAAAUAUGUAAACCCAAUUUUACACAGAAUUACAAUGUUUUGGUUUAUUUUACAAUCACCAACAGUAGCUUCAUCUCCAACGGAACGUCUAUUAAAUCAGGUGAUCUGGCAGGCUGUUAAAACUUUACAAAUUCCUUUCACUGAGGUAGCUCAAUUUUUUUGUCAAUCCCUUCCUAAUGAAAGAGGGAAAGAAUGCCAUACUAACAGGAAGUGAACCGAGCAUUUAAGUUUUAGACGUGCCUCUUGCAUUAAAAUAAUCCUUUGUAAUAAUUAUAAUUGUAGAUUAGUAAAAAAUAAUAAUUUGUUUUUGUGCAUGGUUUCUUUGGAACCAAUUAUUUUUGUGCGUCUUUUUUAAAAUAUAGGAAUAAGAACGAGUAUAGUUUUCUUUUAGAAUGCUUGCAGAGAAACUGUGAAAUUUUAUAAAAAGAUGAGAUUAAGCUAGACUUUAUUGAUUUGGAUUAUAACCUGUCAGUUGUCUUAUUAAACUGUCAAUUGUCAGUUAUCUUAAUAAGUUGUCAUUGCAAGACAUCAAUCAACGUAAUUAAACUAGUAUUUUAAACUGUCAGUUGUCAUUUGAAACUUAAUUUUCAGUUUAAACUGUCAAUUGUCUGUUUAAGUUCUCAACCGUCAUUAUAAGUCUUCAAUCGACGUGAUUAAACCAGGCUUUAUUUAUUUGAGUUUUCAAGAGUCAAAUUUCAUUUUAAACCGUUAUUUUAAACUGUCAAUUAUUAGUUUAAAUUGACGACUGUCAUUGUAAGUCAUCAAUCGACGUGAUUAAACUUGGCUUUAUUCGAUUUAAUUUUUGAAAUGUCAAUGGUCAUUUUAAACUGUCAAUUGUUAAAAUUGUCAACAAUCGACGUAAUUAAACUAGGCUUUAUUGAUAUGGUUUUGUAACUAUCAGUUUUCAUUGUUAACUGUCAAUUGUCAGUUUUAAGUUGUCAACACUGUCAUUGUAAGUCAUCAAUCAACGUAAUUAAACUAGGCUAUUCAUUUGGUAUUUAAAAUGUAAAUUUUACACUCAAUUAUCAUUUUGAACUGACAUCUGUCUGUUCUCAACUGUCACUAGGCUUUGUUGAUUUGGUUCUUAAAAUGUCAAUUUUCAUUUUAAUCUGUAAAUUACCAGUUCAAGUUGUCAACUAUCAUUGUCAGACAUCAAUCGACGUAAUUAAACUAGGCUUUAUUGAUUUCGUUUUUAAAAUGUUAAUUUUCAAUGUAAACUAUCAAUUAUCAUUUUGAACUGUCAGUUGUCAAAUCUUAAAUGUCUAAAUGUCAUUGUAAGACCUCAAUCGGAGUGAUUAAACUACUCUUUGUUGGUUUGGUUUUUAAAAUAGCAAUUGUCAUUUUAUACCUCAGUUGUCAUUUUGUACUGUCACUUGUCAGUUUAAGUUUUAUCAACUGUCAUUAUAAGCCAUCAAUUGACGCGUUUAAACUGCCCUUUGAUUUGGAGUUAAAAUCCCAAUUUUCAUUUUACAAUAUCGAUUGUCAUUUUAAACAGUCAAUUGCCAUUUCCCAACUAUCAUUUUAAGGCAUCAAUGUACGCGAUUUAAAUGCCCUUUAUUGGAUUUGGUUUUUAAAAUGUAAAUUUUUAGUUUAAACUGUCGAUUGUCAUUUUAAACGUCAAUUCUCAUUUGUCAGUUCUCAACUGUUAUUGUAAGCCAUCAGUCGACGUGAUUAAACUAGAAUUUAAUGUGGUUUUUAAAAUGUCAGUUUUCAUUUUGAACUGUCAAUUGUCAGUUUAAGUUGCCAACUGUCAUUGUAAGCCAUCAAUCUAGGCUUUAUUGAUUCGGUUUGUGAUUUCGACAGUUUUGUUACUUUUUCUGAUCUAAAAAUCUAUAUGUAUUGAUUAUUUUUAAGG